AUGGCCACUGAAGAGGACUUCGUAACUGUGAAGGCACUCCUGCCCACAAUCCCUCUGCCCGCAAAUAGCGAGCGACCAGCAAUAACAACAGAUCGCUUACUCCUCCGCGCUCUCCAACCAAGCGACCUGGACGCAUUACAUGUCUUGCGCACACAAAAAGAAGUCAUGCGCUGGACCAGAGCUGGCUGUAUAGACGAAAGCCUCGAGAUGACCAAAUCAAAUCUGGAUCUAUUCUUGACACCCAACGACCACGUCACUGCCAACUGCGCAAUCUGCCUGAAGGACACCGGUGAGCUCAUCGGGAUCGGUGGCUGCCACCGGUAUCCUGGAAGCUAUGGGUGGCCGGAGAUUGGGUAUAUGUUUCGGACCGAAGUUUGGGGGAAAGGCUUUGCAACGGAGUUCUUGAGUGCUUGGUUGCAAUUUUGGUUGGACUUGCCUCGGACAGAGCGGGAGGCCAGGGUUCAGAAGGGAAUGGUUAUUGGGGAGGGUGUUGUUGAUGAGCAUCUGAUUGCUAUUACUGAAACAGAAAAUGCUGCUAGUCAGAGGGUGCUAGUGAAAUCUGGGUUUGAGCCGUUCCGCGAGUAUGUUGAGGUUGUUGGCACGAAGACUGUGAAUCUCAUUGCAUUCCGCUUUGUUCCAAAGAAGUGA